AUGGAAGCCCGAAAACAACGAAUGAAGGAGAUUCGUCGGCUACUCACAGAAAAUCAAGCAGCGGCGUCAUCGAUUGUGGCGGAAACGAAGAAAAAGCUGGAGGCGACCUUGUCACACGACGAAGGAGGCGAAUCUGUAGCGAGUGACGCCAACACCACUUCGGAUUCAAAAUCAGCGAGUGACGCCAACACCACUUCGCAUUCAAAACCUGAAUCCGAGACCAAUGGCACGUGCUCCGAAGCGACUACUCAGAUCUCGUUGGAAGAUUGUACUGAAGACGAGGGGCAGCAAAUGUCCUUAGAAGAUCACCUUGAAGACGAGGAGCAACAAAUGGACGAGGUUGAAGAGCAGACAAGACAUGAGAUCGAGGAAACAUUCCGGAGCGCUGAAUUGAAUCUGCAGUGA